AUGAAAACUUUUUUGGUGUUUUAUAUGAUUGGAGUAGUCGGUUUUGCAAACUGUGAUACAUCUUCCUCGGAAUGGUCCUACAAAUACGAAAAUGGUUGGCCAAACCAAUGCAGGAAGGCCGGCCAACAAUCGCCAAUCAACAUUAUGAGCAGGAGUGCGAUCGUUGAUACAUUCCAAAUACAUAUUCGAGGGCCACUCGUCUUUCGAGGAUACGGAGAUGUUAAACUAAGGGGUGUCAACACGGGACGAACGUUAAAAUGGAAGUUUGAGGAAGACACGGGUGCUCCUGUAUUAUCGGGUGGACCCCUCCGGGGCAACUACACCUUUGUGCAGUUUCAUCUUCACUGGUUUUCUGAACAUGCCAUAGACGGAAUAAAGUACCCAAUGGAGAUCCACAUGCUGCACAUUAAAACUGGUCUUACAAUUGAAGAAGCCUUAAAACUACCUGAUGGUUUGGCAGUCAUCGCUGUGCUAUGUCAGGUUCACGCUGAUGAGAACAGUGAGUACAGUCUACAAGAGAUAGAGCCCUUGUUACCAACGCUCUACAAUAAAACAUCGGGACCCGGCUUCAUCUCAACGUUGAAUUUAUCUCGCCUCCUGAGUCCGCAGCCACAGUCAUUCUACACAUACCACGGUUCCUUGACGACGCCUGAUUGUCAGGAAGUGGUCACUUGGAUUGUUAUGGACCAUCCCAUCAGCAUAUCCGACUACCAAUACAAAAUGAUUCGUCAAGUAGACGUCGGUGGCGUGGACAACUAUCGAAGCUUGCAACCGACCAACCGAGUUGUAUAUAAGAGCGCCGCUUCAUCCAUAUCCUCACCACUGCCGAUAGGACUCCUGGGUGUACUGUUAAACAUGUCUUCCCUACUAAAAUCAACCCUGGGCACAGGCGCUUGUGUCGUUAUAAACUUGAAGAGAAAAUUCUUCGCAGAUAAAAAAAAUUACUGCACAAACGCUGCUGCAUGA